AUGAACAAAAACCAGUUGAACGUAAAAUGGAUGAACGACUUGAAAGACAAACAAACAUUCACAAACUCAACAGAAACCACAAAACAUUCUGAAAAUCAGGGUGCUGAUGGUCUUUUGAUAUCAACAAUAAAUAGAGAUGAUGAAAAUGACACUGCGAUUGUGACGAAGACAGUGAUGACGACAAAACAACCGUCACAGAAACGCUGGUACAUGUUAUGGAUAAUUUCGAAGAAAAAUACGAACUACACAGCCAUGAACGCAAAAAAAGCACACAGACUCAAACACAACCACACACUCUGCAUAAACACGCACUCAGGCAAUCUCAGUCAUAACAUCCAGCAAAUGCACAUUUUAUUAGACGCGCUGACGUUUAACAAGCAAUUUUUGUGGCUACCACACGCCAACGACAAACUCCCCGCUAAACGCGUCGGAAGAAUAUUUGAUGAGUGA